UGGAGACAGAGUGCAUGUGGGACAGGACAUGUGUUUGUCCACAUCUCUGGAGGAGUGUCCUGUAAGUGACCUUGAUCUAAACACAGCAGCAGCAGCAGAUAAACUGAAGCAGGUUCUUCUGGUGCUUGUGUGAUUUACUGAAGAGCAUCUGUGUGUGCAGUGUUGAGUAUGGCGUCGGUUCUGCAGAAGCUCAUCACUCCUCUGUUCAGCGGGACGCUGGAGCCGCCGAGGAACAAAGUGACGGUGGUGGGUGUGGGACAGGUCGGCAUGGCCUGCGCCGUCAGCAUUCUGCUGCGGGAGCUGGCGGAUGAGCUGGCGCUGGUGGACGUCGUAGAGGACAAACUCAAGGGCGAGAUGAUGGACUUACAGCACGGGAGCCUCUUCCUAAAGACGCCCAAGAUCGUCUCGGGCAAAGAUUACUCGGUGACGGCUAACUCUCGAGUUGUGGUGGUGACGGCAGGCGUGCGUCAGCAGGAGGGUGAGAGCAGACUGAAUCUGGUGCAGAGAAACGCCAACAUCUUCAAACACAUCAUCCCGCAGAUCGUCAGAUACAGUCCCAACUGCAUCCUCAUCGUAGUGUCCAACCCAGUGGACAUUUUGACCUAUGUGACCUGGAAGCUGAGCGGCCUGCCCAAACACCGCGUCAUUGGCAGCGGGACCAACCUGGACUCGGCUCGCUUUCGGUACUUGAUGGCUGAGAGGGUGGGCAUCCAUCCCAGCAGCUUCAACGGAUGGAUUCUGGGAGAACACGGCGACUCUAGCGUUCCUGUUUGGAGUGGUGCAAAUGUGGCAGGAGUCAAUCUGCAGAAACUCAAUCCAGAUAUCGGCACAGACACGGACAAAGAGAACUGGAAAGAAACACACAAAAAGGUCGUGGACAGCGCCUACGAGGUGAUCCGACUGAAAGGCUACACGAACUGGGCCAUCGGUCUGAGUGUGGCCGACCUGACAGAGAGUCUCAUGAAGAACCUCAGCCGAGUCCAUCCCGUCUCCACCAUGGUGAAGGGUAUGUAUGGCAUCGGUGACGAGGUGUACCUGAGCCUGCCGUGUGUGUUGAACAGCGCUGGAGUGGGCAGCGUGGUCAACAUGACCCUGACCGCCGACGAGAUUUCACAGCUGAAGAAGAGCGCAGACAUGCUGUGGCACAUCCAGAAAGACCUGAAAGACCUGGAACGCUAACUCACAACCAACCACUAUGAAUGUGUGAUUACUGCGUAGACAGUUCACUGAUUUUUAUUGCUAUUAUUUUUAAUAUCCUAGAUCUAAAUUUAUGAAUGUACAGGAAAAGUUUACUCAUAAAAUGCAAUUUGCUGAAAAUGUACUUGCCCUCAGGCCAUCUCAGAUGUAGGUGAGUUUGUUUCUUCAUCAGAUUUG